GUUAACUCCUUAAGGGUAAGGACUGUGUUUAUUUCCUGUAUGCACAGGUUAUAAUGUAGUGCAUAUCAUAUAGUAAUGUUAAGAAAAUGAUUACUGAAUGAACAAAUGAGUAUUUUGAUUAUCCCAUAACUUAUGCUUCUGGUCUUAACAUUUCUGUCAAAUUCUAAUUUCUUAUUUUCAAAUACCUAUUGACAUUUCCAGUUGUCUAGAUUUUCUUCAGCCUCAACUUCACAUACUCACAUCUCUUUUCAACUUUUCCAAUUUUUUUUUUUUUUUGAGAGGGAGUUUCCCUCUUGUUGACCAAGCUGGAUUGCAAUGGCACAAUCUCAGUUCAUAGUAAUCUCUGCCUCCUGGGUGCAAGCAAUUCUCCUGCCUCAGCCUCUCAAGUAGCUGGGAUUACAGGUGCCCGCCACCAUACUCAGCUAAUUUUUUGUAUUUUUAGUAGAGAGAGGGUUUCACCAUGUUGGUCAGGCUGGUCUCGAACUCCUGGUCUCAGGUGAUCUGCCAGCCUUGGCUUCCAAAAUGCUGGGAUUACAGGUGUGAGGCCCUGUACCUGGCCAGCUUCUCCAUUUCUAUUGGUAAUACCAACUUCUUUAUAAUUUACUUGGUCAGAAAUUUUAGAGUACUUUUAUUCUUCUCCUGAUACUGGGGACUUCCUUUACCCUAUUUCAUUGACUGUAACCCUAGUUCAGACUUUUAUCACCUAAUUCUUGGAAAAAUGCAACAAAGUGACUGGCUGGAGAAUAAUUCUGGCUCAAAUGUCUUCCCUUCUCAAAUCUGUACUGCAUCAUGUCUUUGCAAGAUCAUUGUCAAUGAAAUAUUUUAUUUGUGAGUACAUACACUGUUCCCUUUUCCAAGUAUUUUUGCAUAAUGAAUGUAUGACAUUCCAUUCCCUUAUACGUAACCUUAUUUAAUGCUUACAUGAACUAAAUGAGAUAGUGUUUUUAUCUCCAUUUCACAGAUAAGGAAAUUAAGAUUUAGGUUACCUGCCCAAAAUCACAGUUACACCAAUGACAAAACGGUAGUUAGUAUUUUUAUCUCUAUUUUACAGAUAAAGGAAUUAAGAUUUAGGUUACCUAUCCACAGUCACAGUUACACCAAUGACAUAUGGUAGAGCUGAGGGCUGAACACAGGUCUUUUUAGCUGAAAACUCUGAACUCAGCUUAAUCACUGUGCUACUAAUAUCCCAAGUUUAAAUUCCUCUUCACUUUGGAGGAUUUCCAUGGUAUAGCCUACCAAUCCUACUUAACUUCGCUUUUCUGCUGCACUUGGAUUUUCUAUUUCAUAUUUCAAAUAUCUUUCUAGUUAUCUCCUGGGCAUUGCCCUUCUCUACUUCAAGUAGAUUGUAAGUUUCUUAACACCUUACUCUUACUACACUUGCCUUGCAUUUCUACGAAGAUCUACUAGUGUAGAUGGCACAGUAAAUUCUCAGUGAAUAAUUUCGAAAAUCUUUAGCACAGUUCUUGGCUAAACAAGAACAGAUGCAUGUUUAACAAACGGUACCAAUGAUAAUUAUUAUGCAGGGACUGAUGCAUCGAAUUGAAGACCUAUUAGGAAACCGGAAAAUUCUGAUCUCUUCCUCAGUCCUAAGAACUGUUUUUUGCUUGCUCUCUUCACAAUUUAGAUUAGUGGUUUCCAAUAUUAAGUGAGUACAUUUCAGUCUUAUCUCUCCUUUCUCCCAAGUAUGAUAUAGACAUCACUGUAACAUUAACAGCAAAAUUUCGUCCAUUACUGCUGUCUUUGAGGAUAUUUUGGAAAAUGGAAUAGUUAUAGUUACAGUUUUGAAAUAAAUGGUUAAUCCGCUACCUACAGAUGGAUCUAUCGAUGGAUCAACUUCAUUUAAGUUUCAUGAAGUUACUGGUGUCUUCCUGGCUCAAGUUUCUGAUGUACAGAACCUAGCAUUCUUCAGGCAUCUCCCCUGUGGUAUAAUCCCUGCUUCAUUCUGGCGCUUCGAGCAGAUUUGGUUCACAUCCAGCAACAGGAAAACCCGGCCUUUAGGCCUUGCAUGUUUUACAUGACGCAUGAAAAUUGCCGAUUUAGGGCCUCCCCAGUACUGCUUGCCGAAGGUCCGGCGCAUGCGUCCCGUCCCGGGUGAGCGCCGUCGCGCCACAUACGUCACAAACUCUCCGGAAAGCGCCGCUGCGUAAACGGCGGAGGCGUGUCUUUUGGUCCCUCCGCAUGUAGUUACCUGAGAAACGCGGGAAGUUGGGCCGGGGCACUGUUGCUCCUGUAGCCUAAAUUGUUUUAUUUCUGGAGAGAGCCGUGAGGUUGUCCUCGGGCCCAAGUCCUUAGGCCAAUUCGGUUUUCUGGCUCGGUGCAAUGGAGGUAGUGGAGGCCGCUGCCGCUCAGCUGGAAACUCUGAAAUUCAAUGGCACUGGCUUUGGAGUUGGCGAAGGUCCAGCGGCGGCGUCUCCGGGCUCCGCUACUGCGCCAGGGACACAGCCGUCGCUACAGUCGCAUGAGGGGUCCCCGGACACUGGGCAGACCGUGGAGGUUAAGCCUGCCGGGGAGCAGCCGCUGCAGCCCUUUCUGAACGCCAUCCCGGCCGGGACCCCAGCGCCGCAGCCACAGCCUCCAGCUGAAUCGCCGGCCUGCGGGGACUGCGUCACCUCCCCGGGAGCCGCAGAGCCUGCGCGGGCCCCGGACCACUUGGAGACCUCGGAGUCGGACUCGGACUCGGACAGUGAAACAGAUUCAGAUAGUUCAAGCUCAUCGUCUUCCUCCUCAUCUUCCUCCUCAUCUUCCUCUUCUUCCUCUUGUGUAUCACUUCCUCCAGUGCUGUCAGAUGGAGACGAUGAUUUACAAGUUGAGAAGGAAAAUAAGAAUUUUCCUCUUAAAACAAAAGAUGAAUUACUUCUUAACGAACUGCCUUCUGUUGAAGAACUCACUAUUAUUCUGCCUGAAGAUAUUGAAUUAAAGCCUCUUGGGAUGGUUUCAAGUAUUAUUGAACAACUAGUAAUAAUUGAAUCUAUGACUAACCUACCUCCAGUUAAUGAGGAGACUGUAAUUUUUAAAAGUGAUCGACAAGCAGCAGGAAAGAUAUUUGAGAUAUUUGGACCUGUUGCACAUCCAUUUUAUGUGUUACGGUUUAAUUCUUCAGAUCACAUUGAAAGUAAAGGUAUUAAAAUAAAGGAGACUAUGUAUUUUGCUCCAUCAAUGAAAGAUUUCACCCAGUAUAUAUUCACAGAAAAACUUAAACAGGAUAAGGGAUCAGAUGCAUCAUGGAAGAAUGAUCAGGAACCACCACCAGAAGCCUUAGAUUUCAGUGAUGAUGAAAAAGAAAAAGAAGCCAAACAGAGGAAAAAAUCUCAGAUUCAAGGCCGGAAAAAACUCAAAUCUGAAUUUAAUGAGCCAGGUGAAGAUUUUGCUGAAGUACAUCAGAAUUGGAAUGCUCAUAGCUCUGCUUCAGAACAUUCAAAAGGAUAUCGCAACAGAGAAUUCACACGAGGAUUUUCCAGGAGCAGAUACCCUCGAUUUUGCCAUGGCAGGCCUCUACCUCAGCAGUUCUAUAACUCAGAACAUAUGGUAUCUCAGGAGACUUCAGGAUUUCCUUCCCAGAGACAAGAUAAUCCCAUUAUGCCACAAUACCCCUUUCCCCCUCCAAUGUUUGAUAUGCAUAAUUUUUCACUCUGCCCACCACCUCCACCACCCCCACCUGUAAACAUGCGUUGGGCUACACCAAACAUGGCAGCUCAUCCAUUACUUAACUUACCAUACUCCCUACCCCCACCUCCUCCCCCUCCACCGCUGCCUCCUCCACCCUCUUCUGGAGAUAGUAAUUCUCAUUUUGGACCUUACUAUUAGGUGACUAUGCAUUUCUAGAGAAAUGUGGACUUGUCAUAUUAUGUAGUAAGGAUUUUUUUUUUUUUAAGAAAAAGUGAUUAUAGAGCUAGAUUUUUAAAAACACUGUUAAAUACUAAAUAAUUCCUUCUGUUUAAGUUGAUAUAUAUUUGUAGCCUUUGUGAAACUGUAUUCAUAUGAAAAUUUCAGCUCAGAUUCUUGGGAGAACAUUAAAUUAUGUGAUAUUUAAGUAAAAUUUUGAAUUCAUGCCUUCUCCCACCCAAACCCACCCAGUUAAACUAUAUAUAUAAAAUAAUGGGUAUGGAAUAAGUUUCAUCAUGGGUAAAAUAUAUGGAGCACAUUGAUUUUCUUGCUAUAAUCUGAAAAUAAGAUGAAGUCCUUUUGAGAGUCUUUAUUUUUAUAAAUGUUUACCUUAGAAAUCAAUUUUAAUUAUAAAUGUAAUUUGCAAAUAAAUUUAAAUGACUAUAAUUUUUCUUUUUAAAGCAGUUGAAGGGUGUAGAGGAGGAAAUUCUUAGAUAUUGGUAGAAGCUCUGAUUAUAGCUAAAGUAAAUAUUUAUUAUGCAUAGGCAGGCUUCUGUUAUCUGUGCAAUUUCCUUUAUUUAGGCACCUGUUCUGAAGGCUUUACUAUUUAACCUCCUAAAAGUGAUACAAAGAUUAUUCACAAUAAGAUCUAUUUAGGGAUUUCAUCUUCCAUAUUUGUUUCCCAGAUACUCACUAGGUUCAAUAAAUAACAAGUAUUUAUUGAAUAUCUUAAUUUAGAGUUUUUAAUUAAAUGAGUAAUGACUACUGUUUUAUAUUAUGAAGUGUCAAUGUAAGGGAAAUUACGGGUUUUAGAACUGGAAGAGGCCAUUGAAAUACUCUAGUUUUCAUUUAAUAAAUGAGGAGCCCAAGUGUCCCAAAGAGGUUAAUUUAACUAAGAACACUCAGCUAGUGAGUUGAUGAAGAAUUGGACCUGCAUCUCCUGGUUUUCUGAUUAGCAUUUCCCACUGAAUAGAUGGUUCCCAGUCUUUCAUUCCUUAACACACUUUUGUAUGGCACAUUGGAAUAGACUAGAUACCACUUAGCAGAAACCCAUUUACUCUGGUUGCACUGAGGCCCCACUUUUUUUCCCCAUGAGCUGAGGGGACUCUGCAGCAUUCCUAGUACACAAGUUGAGAGGCUCUGCCUUGGUAUGUAUUAACUUUAUCUUGUGAGUACUUUCUUCAUUAUCUUUUGAAAUGUUUUUGGAACUUUAAGUUACCUUCACAGGUUAGCACAACCUUUUAAUGAUUUGGUAGAAUACUAUAAGAGUUUAUGAGAUUGUAUCUAAAAGCACUAAAGGAAAAACACAAAACCCUUUUCCACAAGAAUGGGAACAAUUACAUGUUAUUAUUAGACAUCAAGCUGUUCUGAUCAUCACGGCAUUUGAAAACCUGUCCAUUUCUGUACCUCAGGUACAGGUUUACCUCAUAGAUUCUGUGGCUUCAGAUCCAGAUCACUACAGUUAAGUCAGUCACACAAAGUUGGUUUCCAAAUGCAUAUAAAAGUUAGGUUUGUGCUCUACUGUAGUUUAUUAAGUGUGCAAUAGCAUUGUGCCUGUAAAAACCAAAUGUGUUUAUCUCAGUUUAAGAAUAUUUUACUGUUAAAAAGUAACGAUGACCUUCAGAGCCUGCAGUGAGUUGUAAUCUUUUAAUUGGUGGAGAAUCUGGCCUCAGUGUUCUUGGUGGCUGACUGAUCAGGGUGGUGGUUGCUGAAGGUGGCAGUUUCUCCUAAUAAACAGCAAUGAAGUUUGCUGCAUUAAUUGACUCAUCGUUUCACCAAAGAUUUCUGUGUAGCAUGUGAUGCUACUUGAUAGCAUUUUACUGUCUGUAAAAUUUUGAAAUUUGGGAUUGGUUCUUAAACCCUGUCACUGCUUUAUCAACUAAGAAGUUUAUGUAACAUUGUAAGUCCUUUGUUACCAUUUCAGUAAUGUACUUGGCAUCUUCACCUUGAGUAGCCUUUACUUGAGAAAGCUCAUUUUUUCUCAUCUUUAAGAAGUAACUAAUCUAUUCCAGUUUUUUCAUGAGAUUACAGCAAUUCCGUCACAUCUUUAGGUUCCACUUCUAGUUUUCUUCCAAUUUCUACCACUUCUGCAGUUACUUCCUCCACUGAAGACUUAAACACCUCAAAAUUAUUCAUGAGGGUUGGAAUCAACUACUCCCAAACUGCUGUUAAUAUUGGUAUUUUGGCCUUAUCUCAUGAAUCAUGAAUGUUCUUGACAUCUUAAAUGGUGAAUCCUUUCCAGAAGAUUUCCAAUUUACUUUGCCCAAAUCCAUCAGAGGAAUCACAAUCUAUGACAGCUAUAGCCUGAUUUUGAAAAUCAAAACUAUUCCUUGAUCUAUGGGCUAUGGAAUGGUUGUGUUAGUAGGCAUUAAAAAAAUAGCUCCUUGUAUAUCUCCAUCGAAGUUCUUGGGUAACCAGGUGCAUUGUUAAUGCUCAGUCACAUUUCAAAAGAAAUAUUUUUCUGAGUGGUUGACUUAAAAUCCUUAGUAAACCAUGGUAUAAAAAGAUGUGCUGUCGUCUGAGCAUUGUUUUUCUAUUUAUAGAGCACAAAAUUCCUAAGGACCCUAGGAUUUUUGGAAUUGUAAAUGAGCAUUGGCUUCAACUUAGUCACCAACUACAGUAUCCCUAACAAGAUAGCCUGUCCUUUGAAGUUUGGAAACUGGGCAUUGAUUCCCGCUCUGUAGCUGUGAAAGUCCUAGAUGGCUUCUUCUUUCAAUAGAAUACUAUUUUGUAUACAUUGAAAAUCUGUAUAGUGUUUAGUGUAUUCAUUUUAGGUAGACCUGGAUAACUUGUAGCUUCAUCUUGCAUUUAUAUGUUAUGGAGAUGGCUUCUUUCCUUAAGUCUCAUGAGCCAACCUCUGCUAGCUUCCCACUUGUCUUCUACAGUUUCUCUCAGCCUUCAUAGAAUGCAAGAGUUAGGGCCCUGCUCUGGAUUAGGCUUUAGCUUUAAGGAAGUGUUGUAACUGGUUUGAUCUUACAUCCAGACCACUUAAAACUUACUCCAUAUCUGCUGUGCAGCUGUUUUGCUUUCUUAUUCCUGUGUUCAGUGAAGUAGUACUUUUAAUUUCUUUUACGAAGUUUUUCUUUGCAUUCACAACUUGGCUGUUUGGCACAAAGGCCUAGCUUUUUAGCUUGUCUCAAAGCCUCAACUUUUAACAUGCUAUCUUCACUAAGCUUAAUCAUUUCUAACUUUUGAUGUAUAGUGAAAGAUGUACAACUCUUCCAUUCACUUGAACACUUAGAGGUCAUUGUAGGGCUAGUAAUUAGUUUAAUUUCAAUGUUGUUUCAUGAAAUAGGGAGGCCUGAGGAGAGAGAGAAAGAAACAGCACAUCUAUGGAGCAGUCGGAACAUAUGCAUGUAUCCAUUAAGUUCACUAUAUUAUAUGGGCAUAGUUUGUGGUGCCUUCAAAACAAUAGUAACAUCACUGACUGAGAUCACUAUAACACAAAUAACAAUUAUGAAAAAGUUAACAAUACUGAGAGAGUUACCAGAAUGUGACAGAAUACAUGAAGUGAGCAUAUGCUGUUGGGAAAAUGGAGUUGAUAUACUUGUGAGGUGCGGGAUGGCUACACACCUUCUAUUUGUAAAAAAUGCACUAUAUAUGAAGUACAGUACAGUGAGGUGUAAUAAAACAGUGUAUGCCUGUAGUAUUAUCUGACAGUGGAUAUUUAAUAUCUAUAGAAGCAUCUGAAUUAUAACAUUUGAUCUUUGCUUCAAUUAAGUUGGUAUCUUAACCACUUAGGUCCAAUUGCCUCUCUCUAUGUACAGCCCUCUGUGUCUGUGGAUUCUGCAUCUGUGGUUCAACCAAUUGUGGAUCAAAAAUAUUUAGAAAACAAUAAAAUGUAUGGUUGCACCUGUA